AUGAAGCUGAGAAUAGUUUUCGUUCUGUUCGUCAUCUGUCAGGGAGAUAAUAAACACAAAUACGUUUUUGUUAAUGAGCUGAGGUCCUGGAGAAACGCUCAGACUUACUGCAGACAGCAUCACACAGAGCUGGUCAGCGUGAGGAACGAGGAGGAGAACCGUCAGAUCCAGCAGCUGAUACCUGCAGGACAUUUCGCUACAUCGGCCUAUUCAAAGACGAUUUCAUCUGAGAAUCUGGCACAAAAGGGAACUGCCACACAGUCUUCAACACGCUAUUCUUUACAGUCCGCGGAGCGAGCCAUCGAUGGUGGCAAGGAUUCCUCUAUAUCAUCUAGUUCUUGUGCCACAACCAACUGGGAAAGCCAUCCGUGGUGGAGGCUGGAUCUCCAGGUAUCUGUGUAUCAAGUGAACAUAGUGGUCGUCUACAGAGAUGACAGCUUUCCAGGAAAAAUGAAAAAUAUCCAGGUUAAAUUUGGAAACUCUCUGCAGAACAAUGGAAACAACAAUCCCAGCUGUGCCGUGAUCUCGAGUGAUGCAGCGGCCAACAGAGUCAUCUACUUCUGCUCUGAUUGGGAGGGACGAUACGUAAACGUCUUCUAUAAUGAUUGGUGGACGUGGAUCUCAGUGUGUGAGGUUGAAGUAUAUGAGACAGAUUCUUCUAAACAAUUGUUUAUGAAGAUAGUGUUUAACUCCACCGCAGAUCUGAGCGAACAGACAGUAUCGGACAACUUGCUGAAAGAGUUGAAGUCGGCGAUGGCUGUGAGAGGAAUCACUAAUGUGACGCUGAGCUGGUCUCAAACCCCUGAAAAAGUGAUGAUCCAUAAUCAACGUGCAAAAGAGAAUCUGGCACGAAGAGGAACUGCUACACAGUCGACAGUAUUAGAUGAUCUGUCCGCGGACCGAGCCAUCGAUGGUGGGAAGGAUAUCUCAAUGUCUUCUGGUUCUUGUGCCGUAACCCAUAUGGAGCCCAGACCGUGGUGGAGGCUGGAUCUCCAGGCUGCGUAUCGAGUGAGUAUCGUGGUCGUCACUUACAGACAAGACUGCUGUCCAGACAGUAGGAAAGAUUUUGAGAUUCGCUUCGGAAACUCUCUGCUGGACGAAAGAUACUACAGUCCCAGCUGUGCCGUGAUCUCCAGUGAUUCAGCAGCAAACAGCGUCACCUACUCCUGCUCUGAUCGGGAAGGACGAUACGUCCUCAUUCAUAGAUUCAUAAAGGCCCUCUUUCUGUGUGAGGUGGAAGUGUACGAGUCAGAUAUUUCUAUGCGAUCGUUUAUGAAGAUAGUGUUUAACUCCACCACAAAUCUGAGCAACCAGACAGUAACGGACAUCGUGCUGAAAGAGUUGAAGUCGGCGAUGGCUGUGAGAGGAAUCACUAAUGUGACGCUGAGCUGGUCUCAAACCCCUGAAAAAGUGAUGAUCCAUAAAUCAACAUCGCUGCUGAAGCAGAUUUCUUGA